GGGUGGGGGAGGGGAGAGGAUGGGGGGUGCUUCCCUCUCUGCGUCCCAAACAAAGUGUCACAAAGAGCUCGGCCGGCGGCAGCAGCGGAGGCGGCUGCAACUCAGCUUUUGUUCUCCCGGCCCGGGUAGCUGAGCCCUGGCCUCCCAAUCUCCUAACCCUGCCCCCCAUCAUCUUCCUGGUUUAUCUUCCCCGGGAGAGGUUUGGGGUGCUGCUGGAAGAACCUCUUGUUCAGGAUCAAAGGUCUUGUCCUACUUGCCAGCUUACUUCUGGGAGGGAGAUUUUCCCAGAGGCUCUCCUACCCAACUCUCUACCCCCUAUUCGGAGAACUGAGGCCCAUAUGGUGCUAAGACUCUGACCUUUCUAGGGUCAGCUCCAGCUAAGGGAGCUUAGGGCUGGCUAUAUACCCCCUCCCCCAAAUCCAGGUCCUCUAGAACUUUCAGAAGAGGGGUCAAGUUGGGACAUACCUCUGGGAUAGAUUCACCAUGGUUGGGUUGCAGUAGGUGAGCAGGUGAACCUUCCUUUCACAUGCUGUACAUUUGGAGUCCAUGACGAGGUCUGUGACCCCAACUCUGGACAGUCAGAAUGAAGGGGAGGAAGCUUUACCAAGAACUCAAUCUAAAAAGUGGGCAAGCUGUGCAGUGGGGCCAGUUUGGGGGAGCCACCUAAGCAGUGAGGUUCAGAGGGCCGUGGAGAAAAGAUCAUAAAAGUGAGCUACUGGCAUGUCUGUGUGAUAAAGGUGGUCUUGACUGUAGACCACCUAAGGAACUCCCUUUCCUUUUAACCCCAUCUAAUGCAACGUUAAUCACAGUAUUAGCGGACUUGGAAGGUGUAAGGAUUCUCAAAGGGGAAAACAUCAAAUAUUAGAGAAAACCAGAGACAGGCCUAGUCAUAACUGUACUUCAGAAGUCCUGAGUCCUUGCCCCGUACACUUUGACACUAAAAACUUCUGAACCACAAGCCUUGAGGGGCAGUCUUUGUGAUCCUCCAGGCAGCAGAUGUUUCUAUAUACCUGACCCUGUUGUUUCUAAGAGUCUUCUCACCAACCCUUCCAACCGUCCCUACUCAGUAAGGUUUAAUGGUCCACACCCCCUUUCCCACCAGCUCUCCUAGCACAUAAAAGGAAUUGGCCUGUUGUUUUGGAAAGAUUUCAGAUCCCUAUCCUUGGCCUUGCAUCCCUAUAGAACCCAAAUAAGGGCAAGAUAACCCUUGAUUCCCAGUGGGGGUGGAAAGUAGGUCAUUACUACUGUCUGGCUAAGUCUCGUGGAUGGUGUUUAGGGCCUGACUACAGAAAACUGUGAUUAUUGCCCACAGGCAGUAUGUGCCUGACCUGGGUUCCAGGUCAGUUCGUAAAAUCUGGGGUUCUGGCAGUGCUUUCUCCUAUUGCGAAAAACUCAUGGGAUAAGGUGCUUGGGACCUGGUUUGGUGUGAUGAUUCAGGAGAUCUUGACUGGGCCUAGGGGGUCUAUCAGUGUGUUUUGUUGAUUUGAGACCACCCUCUGGGGAAACUUUCCCUGCCCAGGAAUUCAGCUGCAAUUUGGGCCUUCUUGUAUAUCACUGUAUUUCCAUCCUGGAAACUGCUAUGUGCAAAGCAGGUUUUUUGUUUUUGUUUUGUUUUGGGGGCGGAAGCUUUGCCCAAUUCCUUCUUGCUUGCCUCGGAUAUGAGGUCAGCCUCCCAUGAGGUAUUUUGUUUACUAUCCUAUAAGUAGUUUUAGGGGCCCUAGAAUCUUCUCAGAAUCUGAGUAUGUGCCCAUAGGUUAGUCAGCUAUGACCAUGCAGUAUUCCCAGCCUCCCCCCUCCUCCCCCACCAUCUGCUUCCUCUGAAUAUACCAGAUUGGCUGUACACCAGGAUGUUCCGGGAAUCCCCAGGAGAGCAACAGAAUGUGAUGGACCCAAAUACGAUGCCUCAGUAACUCAUUCCAGGAUGUACAAACUGUAACUGUCAGGACACUUCUUAUAGCUAAUUAAAAUUCUUCUAGUUACAUCUAUUUUCUAUUACGUCUAUUUUCAGUGACAUCCAAAAGGCCAAAAUAAUCCCUCUGGUACCACUGUUUUUUUCCCCCCUCUGUGGUUCCCAGAUAGGAAUUUAAAAAAAAUCCUCCAGCUUUUCUCAGUGCCUUAUAGUGCUAAAAUGGCAAGCGUGGCCCCUCUAGCAUUUCAUAGCUCUAUCAGUGGUACUAAGGUGGCCAAAGUGGCUCCUCUGGUAGCCCACUGCACUCUCCAUGGUACUGAAGGAAUGACCAUUUGUUUUAACAUCUCUCUGGGGUCCAGAAGAGUCCUAUGACUCAGAACCACAAAACUUUUGAACUGGAAGGGACCGUCAGUAUAAAUUAGUCCAACCCCUUUAUUUUAUGGAUGAGUAAACUGGGAGGUUAAGUGAUUUACUGAAGGUUGCAGGUCUAUUACUGGUCUAACUGGGCCCACAGUAGUCUUGCACUCCUCAGUCCUACUCUAGUUCACCUUUCUGAUCCUACUCAGUGAGGCCGGCUAGGCUCUUGGUCCCAGGAAAGGGAUUUAUUUGGAGGAUCCAUAAAAUGAGGGUGGAUGCCUUAAUUUGGAGCUACAGAAAUACAGAUUAAAAGGGGUGGUGGAGGUUGUUUAGUGACCCUUGGACAAAGACAUUUUGUUAAUCUCCUGUUAAUAAAAUUCCCAUAAGCCAGAUACCACAUGUAACAGGUACGUGUCCCUUCAUGGAGCCUUAUUCUAUCUACAAAAUGUCAAAAAUUAAAGAAGCCUUGGACCUUGAGAGCCUUUUCUCAUUGCAAGGCUGACUCUUGGCUCAGUUUUCUUCUAUUAAAGAUCCUUAAGCAAAGUAAUGCUGAGUCCUUUUCUUUCUCAGUAACCUAUUUCAGUUUCAGAAUGCCUAUUGUAAGGAAGUUCUUUAUAUCUCAAAUAUUCCUUCUAUCUCAGGCGAAAAAAACAUAGGCCCACAUUUGUCCAAAUACAAUUCUAUAUGUAAGCAAGAGGGGAGACUGGACGACUUCUGGUCAUUCUCCUAGGCCUGUUUCCAUGAUUCUUAAUUUUGGGGUUGCUUCUAAGUCCUAACGCUAACCUCCUCUGCAGCUUACAAUCAGGAGAUCCACCCCCCCCCCAGUCCUCUUCCUCUCAGUGCUCUUCUCUUUCCUCAGAACUGGAGCUCUGCACAUCCCAGGCCCAGGGAAUUUUAGCCUGGAGAAUUUUAACCCUUUUCUGCUCAGAGCAUGUGCUGAGCCCCUAUCUGUGCAGAUGGCCCAGCCCCGCCCCCCGUCCCUCACUCCAGCCUCUUGAGCUCAGAGCCAGUGUAAUCCUCCUCUUGUGUGAGGGAGCCUCUCCCCUGCAGAGAGGAGGAAAGCCUGCUUCGGAACAGCCCUGGACAAAGGGGCUGAGAUGCCCCAUCAAACUGCAGGCUUCAAGGUUUGAAACACGGGGAUGAAUCCUAUUCGGUAUUUGCAGUUUUUAACCCCUUCCCCAGGCCAGCAGCGCCCCUUAACUUCCACUCCUCCCCCAACUCUCUCUCCAUUCCCUCUCCUUCUGGCUCUCUCCCCCUUCAUGCCCCUCCCCCUCUGUCUGUCUCCAGACUCUGCUGCUGGGAGGUGUUGCUCUCCCAUGCAUGAAUGAGUCUCUGUAAUGAAUGGAAAUGAAUGGAUCAGGAAUCCAGGCGGAGGGAGGAAGAAUAAGGGGGAAAGACAGAAAGACAGGGUAAAGGCAGAAGGAAGAACUGUGGAGUCUGGAAGAUUGUUUGGCUGGCUGGUCAGUUAGGGGUCUGAGAGCAACUGGUCCCACAUGGAUAACUGGGGAGCUUGGCAAGCCCACCCUGUUUGCUCAUCAAGCUGCACAGCCCAGCCUAAAUGAGAAAGGGGCAUACUGUGAUGGUCUCCUCCACCACCAGAGGGUGGGGGCGUUGGGAAUGGGGGGUGAUGAUGGUACUUGUUCUGGACAAGGCAUUUAAAACGAGUAAUUUAGGGGAAGAAAUCUGGGUUAACGGGGGCAGUGUGAGCAAAUCAAGGAAUACUAGUUUUGAAGACAGCAGCUCCCUCCUGUCUCAGGAUGUAAGGAAGGAGAAAGGCUAGGUUUUAGGGUACUGAGUCUGGUGUUGGGGGUGACUCCACUGCUGAAAAUCAGGGCUCAUCUUUUCCUCAAAAUCUGUCUCUCUUGCUUUAGCUCUUCAGCACCUGUUGCCUUCACUAGCAGCUUUUCCUCCUCCUCUUCCCUGCACUCCCCAGAACCAAAGAAUGUGAAGGGGGUCCAUGGAGGGCUCACGUCCCCGCGCCCCGGGCGGCCACCUAGCGCCGUCGCCACCGGCCUUCGACGGCGAACUGGAUCUGCAGCGCUAUUCCAACGGGCCAGGCGUGAGCGCCGGGUCUCCGGGAAUGGGAGCAGUGGGCUGGUCUGAGAGUCGCGCAGGCGAACGGCGCUUCCCCUGUCCUGUAUGUGGGAAGCGCUUCCGCUUCAACUCCAUCCUGGCUUUGCACCUGCGGGCGCACCCAGGCGCCCAGGCCUUCCAGUGCCCGCACUGCGGCCACCGCGCGGCGCAGCGGGCCCUGCUGCGCUCGCACCUGCGCACGCACCAGCCCGAGCGCCCGCGUAGCCCUGCCGCGCGCCUGUUGCUGGAGUUGGAGGAGCGCGCCCUACUGCGGGAGGCCCGGCUGGGGAGACCCCGAAGCUCAGGGGGCCUGCCGGCCACUCCUGCCACUGAGGGCCUGGCGCGGCCCCAGGCUCCAUCUUCGUCCGCCUUCCGUUGCCCCUUUUGCAAGGGCAAGUUUCGCACCGCGGCCGAGCGCGAACGCCACCUGCACAUUCUGCACAGGCCCUGGAAGUGCGGCCUGUGCAGUUUCGGCUCCAGCCAGGAGGAGGAGCUGCUGCACCACAGCCUGACGGCCCACGGAGCUCCUGAGCGACCCCUGGCGACCACCUCGGCUGCGCCCCAGCCUCAGCCUCCACCCCAGCCUGAACCCAGACUCCCGUCCCUGACGCCCCCCUGACGCCUGACGCCCGAACGUGACGGCAACCCCGCCCCCGCGCCUGCUGCUCCCGAGGAGCCCCCUGCGCCUCCGGAGUUCCGCUGUCAAGUGUGCGGCCAGAGCUUUACACAGUCCUGGUUUCUCAAGGGUCACAUGCGCAAGCACAAGGCCUCCUUUGAUCAUGCGUGUCCUGUGUGUGGCCGCUGCUUCAAGGAGCCCUGGUUCCUUAAGAACCACAUGAAGGUGCACACCAGCAAGCUUGGUCCACUGCGUGCCCCGGGGCCUGGUUCUGGGCCUGCCAGGGCCCCCCAGCCUCCUGACCUGGGCCUGCUGGCCUAUGAGCCCCUGGGCCCUGCGCUCCUCUUGGCCCCGGCGCCCACCCCGGCUGAACGCCGUGAGCCUCCAAGCCUUCUGGGCUACCUGAGCCUGCGAGCUGGCGAGACCCGGCCCAAUGGUGAGGGUGCUGAGCCUGGGGCUGGCCGCAGCUUUGGAGGCUUCCGCCCACUCCCCUCUGCUCUCCCGGCCCGGGCUCGCCGGCACCGUGCGGAGGAACCAGACGAGGAAGAGGAGGUGGUGGAUGCAGAGGAAGAGACCUGGGCUCGGAACAGGGCGCUGGGCCCUCUGGCCUCACUGCCCCCGCGCCCAAGCGAGGGCCCAGGGCACUCUGCGCCCGCUGCGGGGACCCAGGCAAGGUCCACCACCACCACCACGCAGGAAGAGAAUGGCCUCUUAGUUGGAGGGAGCCGGCCUGAAGGGGGUCGGGGUGCCACUGGCAAGGAUUGCCCCUUCUGCGGAAAAUCAUUCCGCUCAGCGCAUCACCUCAAAGUGCACCUGCGAGUGCACACAGGUGAGGGGGCAGCUUCCAGGGUGGCAAGAGGGGUGAGGGCUACGGGAAAAGGCCGGGAGAAUGACGUUCGCAGCCGUCAGACUGGCCAGAUGAGAUCGUUGGGAAACGCUUCUUAGUAAAUCAGAGGGGGU